AUGUCUGCUAUCGAAACUACCACACACAACGAACCUGUUGUUGAUCCCACUACUGGUGAUAAGCCCACCAGCCCUGAAGAAACACAUGCUACCACUGAGAAUGCUGAAGAGACAUCUGCCGAGCAACAGCAAUCUUCAUCCAAUGAUCAACCAACUCCAACACCUGAAGAAUCCAAAUCCAAUGAUAAAAAGAAGGAUGACAAUGAAAACAAAAAGCGAUUCAGCUUGUUCAAGAAAAAGGGUGCUCUUGGUGGACUUUUUGCUCGAUCCAAGACUACUGCCACAGAAGAAGUACCAGCUGCUGAAGAAACUGUGCCCACUGAAUUGCCAAAGAUUGAGCAGCUUCAACCUAUCGAUGUUGGUAACAAUGAGGAUGAACCCAAAAAGACUGAAGAGCAACAACAACAACAACCGUCCAAUGCGUCAGAAGGUGAAGAACAAGAAGCAUCUGCUACCAAUGAGCCCGAUACCGCAGCCUUAGGUGAAGCUGCUGAUGCACCUGCUGAGAGCAACACUGCUGCAGCUGCAGCUACCAAUGAGGACAUUGCUGAUGAAGGUCACGCCACCGUUGAGCAAACACAAGAAGCUGCAAAGAAUGAUGAUGAUGCCAACAACAAGCAGCCUACUACUCCCACCAAACGCCAAUCAUUUAUUAGCAAGCUUUUCAGCAAUAAGAAAAAGUCAGCUGAACCAGAGCAAAAGGAUGAGCAACAAGAUACUACAACAAGUGAUGAACAACAGGAAGAUAAUGCUGCUGCUGAAGAAACAGCUUCUCCAUCGGAUGAACGUAAUGAGGAGGGUGAACAACAACAACAACAAGAGAAACCUGAAAAGACUGAAGAAAGCAAGUCCCCAUCAUCACCCACAUUUGGUCGCCGUUUGACAGCCUUGUUUGGUAAAAAGAAGAAAUCUGCCAAGGAGGCACCUGCCAACACCAACAAUGAUGAGCAACAGCAACCCGCAGAAGCUGAGAAUGGAGAUGAAGAUAUCCCACAACAAGAAAAUGAUGAACAAGCUGCUGCAACAUCAACAGCUGACAAGAAGGAGGAAUCAACCGAGAAAGAGGAGACUACCGCUCAUGAAGAAAAGGAGCAACACGAUAAUGCUGUUCAUGAUGAAAAGGCUGCUGUUGCUGCUGCUUCAGUUACCAAGGAAGGCCCAGCUGCUGUGGUUGCUUCGGCAUAA